CAGUGCGAGUACCUUAGGUACUAGUAACUACCUCCCGUCUAAGUGACAGGGACAUCAGGACGAGGGGGGGGUUUCUUGCUUUACCAUGCCUCAUCCAACCCUAUUCGGAGGCUCUUGUGCAGGUACUCCAAGGAGAUUCGUCCGGACUUCACCUAUUUAUCAUAUAUCAACUAUUAGAGUCGCCCGCUACUCUCCCUAUCCUCAAGCCUGAACUCUACGAGCAGACAGAUGCCUGGUCCGCAAGCUGUGAACACCUCAACAGUGUCGGAGUGACAGCAACACCACCGAGAUGCAGCCCAAGGUGUCUAUCAUCGGGGCUGGGCCCGCCGGGUUCGCCCUCGCCGCCGACUUGCAACGACACGGAAAGAGAGUACUGGUGUAUUCGCACCCAACCCACCUCCGGCAUGCCAACGGCGUCAGGGAGAAGGGCCAUCUGCAGGCCAACGGCGUCAUGGAGUGUUCGACCACACUCCCCGUCACGUCAGACAUGGGCGAGGCCGUAGCCUUUUCAAGAAUCCUCAUCCUCACGGUGCCGUCGACGGGCCAGGAGACGGUGUUGCAGGAGCUGAAGAAAUUCGCACUGCAUCGCCACACCAUCGUCGCCGUCCCGGGCAAUCUGUUCUCGCUCGUCGCGGCCGCCGAACUGGACGCCGAAUGCAUCCUCGAGACCAACCUCUCGCCCUAUUCCUGCAGGAUGGAGGAAGGCGGCCUCCUGACGGUCAUGGGCCGGAAGAAGCGCAUCUUCAUCGCGCCCCUGUCGCACUCACAGCAGCAGCAGAGAGGCCAGAAUCAGAUUCAGAAGAGCCCCAACCUGGGGGGAGCGGCGGCGGUCACGACGGUCGUCUACGACAAGAUGCGCAGCCUCUUCCCGAUGGAGCUCCGGUGGUGCAGCAGCGUGGUCGAGGUUUGCCUGUGCAACGUCAACGGCGUCUUCCACCCGCUGAUGAUGCUGAUGAACGCGGGCCGCAUCGAGAGUCAGAGCACUGCCACUACUACUAGUAGUACUACGGGAAGCGGCGACAACUUCCUGCUGUACCGCGACGGCCUGACGCGGUCCGUGGCCAACGCCAUGCUCGCCGUCGACCGCGUGCGCAUGCGCAUCGGCGAGGCCUUUGGGCUGCGCCUCCCGAGCGCCGUGCAGAUCUCCAACGAGUGCUACGGCCAGGCCUUUGCCGACUUUGUCGACCUGGCGCGCAAUUCGCCGCCGCACAACCGGCUCAGGGCCCCGUCCACUCUCGAGAACAGGAAUCUCUCCGAGGACGUUCCCGACUUGCUCGUCACCUGGUGCUGCCUGGCCGAGAAGCUGGGGAUCGAUGCCUCGCCGAUCCGGGCGGUCAUCGUCCUGGUCGGGAUGGCUACCGGCGUGGAUUAUUUCGCCAUCGGUAGGAACCUGCAGCGACUUCACCUGGAUGACGUCUCGGCAGACGAGCUCGUGGCAAGAUUCAGUCCGGGCGGCGCACAUGGAAUGAUGGUGGACUGCGGUAUCCCUCCAGAAGAAGGGGGCAAAUACAUGGCAGUGCUGUAAAUGUCAUAAGUGUGAUUCGAGAG